UUUAUUUCCCGGCGCCUAUGGAGGUAACUUUAUUGACUUGAUCGCUCGCUUCCCGACCCGGGGGGGCUCUGUCCGCCGCCUCCCCUCCCUCCCCCUCCCCCGGUAAUUCAUCAGCCGCCCCGGCCAUGAAAAUGCUCCUGGUCCGCAAGUUCCGGGUGCUCAUCCUGAUGGUUUUCCUCGUCGCCUGCACCAUGCACAUCAUGAUCGACCUGCUGCCGCGCCUGGAGCGCCGCGGCCCCGAGAGCCGCCCGGGCUGCUCCUGCCCGCCGCCCGCCGCCGCGCCGCCCCGCGCCGCCGCGCCGCGCUGGCCCAGCAAGCACACGCUGCGGAUCCUGCAGGACUUCAGCGCCGAGCCGGCCUCCAACCUCUCGUCGCAGUCGCGGGAGGCGGCGGCGGAGCGGGCGGCGGGCGGUGCGGGCGGCGCGGGCGGCGGGGGCGCGGCGGCGGCGGCGGCGGGGAGGGCGCGGCGCUUGAUCGGCCCCGGGGCGCCGCGCCCGCCGCCCCCCGCCGGCAACGCCGCCCCGCUGGCCGCGCUCUUCGAGCACCCGCUGUACCGCGCCGCCCUGCCCCCGCUGGCCGACGGCGACCUCCUCUUCAAUGUCAACAGCGACAUCAGGUUCAACCCGCGGGCGGCCGAGCAGCCCGAGUGGCAAAAUGAAGAUCAUCAUGAAGAAUUUUUACCAACUGGAGAGACCUCCAUAGACUCCUACCCAAACUGGUUAAAAUUCCACAUUGGCAUUAAUCGGUACGAGCUGUAUUCCAGACAUAAUCCUGCAAUUGAGGCUUUACUGCAAGACCUUGUCUCCCAAAAGAUAACCAGUGUUGCAAUGAAAUCAGGAGGCACCCAGCUGAAGCUGAUCAUGACAUUCCAGAACUAUGGACAAGCGUUGUUCAAACCAAUGAAGCAAACCAGAGAACAAGAAACCCCGCCUGACUUUUUUUACUUCUCAGACUAUGAGAGACAUAAUGCAGAAAUAGCAGCAUUUCAUCUCGACAGGAUCCUGGAUUUCCGGCGCGUGCCCCCGGUGGCAGGCAGGCUGGUGAACAUGACCAGGGAAAUUCGAGAUGUUACUCGUGACAAGAAGCUGUGGAGAACAUUCUUCAUCUCACCAGCCAACAACAUCUGCUUCUACGGGGAGUGCUCCUACUACUGCUCAACAGAGCACGCCCUGUGUGGGAAACCAGACCAGAUCGAGGGGUCCCUGGCUGCUUUCCUGCCUGACUUGUCCUUAGCAAAAAGGAAAACCUGGAGAAACCCCUGGAGGCGUUCCUACCACAAGCGCAAGAAAGCAGAAUGGGAAGUUGAUCCAGAUUAUUGUGAAGAGGUUAAACAAACACCCCCAUAUGACAGUGGGACCAGAAUUCUGGAUAUAAUGGAUAUGACAGUUUUUGAUUUCCUAAUGGGUAACAUGGAUCGACAUCACUAUGAAACCUUUGAGAAGUUUGGAAAUGAAACUUUUAUUAUCCACUUAGAUAAUGGAAGAGGGUUUGGAAAAUAUUCCCAUGAUGAACUUUCCAUUUUGGUGCCUUUAAACCAGUGCUGCAGAAUCAGGAAAUCUACCUAUCUGCGAUUACAGCUGCUAGCCAAGGAGGAGUACAAACUCAGUCUCCUGAUGAAAGAAUCUUUGCUAAAAGACAAAAUAGCUCCAAUCCUGUACCAGCCUCACUUGGAGGCCAUGGACAGGCGGCUGCGGAUUGUGCUCAAGGCUGUCAGUGACUGCAUAGAGAAGGAUGGCUAUGACAACGUGGUGGAAAAUGACUUUAACACUGAUGUUAACACUGUUGCCACUGAGAGGUAGUGAAAUGGCAAGACUACGUUUUUACCAGCCGAGUCAAGAAGAUUCAAAGAAGGAAAAGAAACAAAAGAACAACAACAACAAAAAAUAAAAGUCUUGCAAAAGACUGUGUAUGCUACUUUGUGAAUUCAGUGAAUUCAGAAAUGAGAUAUAAUUGUUCCCAAAGUAGGUAAAGUGUAGACUCUGCAAAGGAAUAGUUCAUUAAGAAAAAAUAAGUCUAAUGUGAUGCUUUUCAUUAGUUCCUGAAGAGAGAUUAUGAAAAGAUUCAGAAAAUACUCAAUCAUGGACAGACAGCAGUCUGAUAGCAAAACACCUCCUGUCCUUUUUGUAUAGAAAGGAGGCCUUUACUUAAUAUUUUGUAUUUAUAUAUGGUAUAUCUAUGAAACCCCAGACCUACCUUCCAAAUUUAACUAAGAGGGACAGCAUAGUUUUGUGACUCACACUUUAUUUGUGGUGACAGUCCACUUAGUAUUUUGUGUUAACCCUUUAAGUGCUCUAAUCCACUGUAUCUUAUUUAAAUUGAAUGCUUAUUUUCCCCCCAGCUACUCAGCAUUUAAAGGGUUAAGGCAUUAUGAACUUUUAAAGGCAAAAAAUAAUAAUAAUAAUGAUAAUAAUGAUAAUAAAUACAGGGGUUACCAGAAGGGAAUUUCACUAAUUGUGCUUUGACAGGAAUACUUGAAUGUUGGUUUUACAAAGUGAUGUAAAAUGACAAGUUGUACUAUUUGUCCAUAAGGAGGUGGCAGCUCUUAUCUUUCUAGACUAUCAUAGCUGAGCUGCUACUUUUCAAUUUUGCUUUUGAUAGUUUUGUGUAAAUAUAUACAUAUAUGGGUAAAAAGCUGCUUUCAGCAGCUCUAGGCUUACUUUUGCAGCAUUUUUGUGGAAUUGUUUGCAACGUGGUAAAAGUGCAAUAAAGAUAUGCAAAAUGUGUA